GUACAAUAACUGAAUAUCAAACGAUUUGGAUUUUUCCAUAAACACCACUCCACAAGAAAAUUAUCCACAGAUAAAAAAGAAAUGGAGACUGGGGGAUACAGAAAUAUGUAUAUGGACCCAGCAUACAGACAUUUAGUGAAAUUACGGGGCAUGGCGAAAAGUGAAAAGGUUUCAUCUGAACUGACAGCGGAGAUCGAUAAGAUUAUCCAAUUAUUCGAGAUACGCAUGAACUAUUGUGAAACCCACACUUCAACAGCAAGUGAGGAGCUUCACCAUUUAAUGGACAGCACACAAAGCCAUCCCUGGAAGAAUGCUUACCUCCAAGGUCAGCUGUCAUACCAACCAAAUACAAUAAUGCUUUCCGGGAAUUUAGAAGCCCAGUUUUUAAAAUCGCUGGUGAGUAUUGGGAACGUUAGUCGGGUUCUGGAGCUGGGACUUUUUACCGGAUGCUCGGCCUUGGCAUUUGCAGAAGCACUUCCGGAUGGCGGGAAAGUUGUGUCCUGCGAAAUGGAACCAUACAUAGCUGAACUUGCAAGAUCACUAUUGGAAAAAUCAUCUGUUGGAAAGAAAGUGGAUAUUAUGCUUGGUCCUGCGAAAGAUUCUUUGAAGGAACUCUCUGAUAAAAAGAUGGAAUUUGAUUUGAUUUUCAUAGAUGCUGACAAAUCAAACUACAGUACAUAUUACAAGAUGAUUUUUGAAUACGGGCUUCUGGCUGAAAAUGGAACCAUACUAGUGGACAAUGCUCUUUUCUUUGGGGAUCCUUACUCGAACGAGGGCUACAUGGGAAGAGACCAUGGUAUUGGUCAGUUUAAUGAAAUGGUCAAACAGGAUGAUAGAGUCCACCAGGUUUUGCUGCCUAUACGAGACGGACUUCUGCUAAUCAGGAGGAAGGAGGACAUGCAAACAUCAGGAGCACAAAAUCAGGAGGAUACAGACACCAGAAGGAGGGGAACACAGACAGACAAACACGAAACACCAGCAAAGAUCGCUUCAUAAUGUGGAUUAUGUUGUACCUUUCACUGGAGACAACCGUACGCUGGGCCCGGCUGCUAAUGACAUCUACAGUAUACUACAAAUUCAGUUAUAAUACAGAAUUGUUGUGCUAUUUUUUUUCUUCAUCAGAUUUUUUUUUUUGAAAAAUCUUUUGCUAUUCAUACGUUUAAUCGCUUGAUAGUCAAAGUAAUUAAGACUCCAAAAUCUUUUGUCUAGCAAUUAAAUGAGAUAUAUUUUAGUAAAAGUGGAAGUAUAUGGAUAUUUCUGAUAUUGAGGAUGUUAUUAAAAAGCUUAUUCAUUUGA